ACCACUUGAGUUGGAGCGUAGAAGAAGAAAUAUUCAGGAAAAGGAAGUAGUCAAUAAUUUUAGAUAUCAAGAUAAAUAUGUAGUCACCAAUCUGUUAAAUAGUUAGUAGAUCUGCGAGUUACAAGGAAAUGCCUUUGCUUAUUCAAAACAGAGGGGUAGAAAGUAUAACCUCGACCGCAGAACUGUUCGACAAAUAUCCCCAUUUACAGGAAAAUGCAAAAGCCUUUCUUUCCCAUCCGCUGACUGAAGUUGACCCCAAGUGCCUUCUGUAUGUCCAACAAAGAGAGUUUGCUGCCACAACACCAGCAGACGAUAGUGUUUCAGUGAUUGGAUCUGACGAUGCCACCACCUGCCAUUUGGUUGUGCUGCGGCAUACAGGAAGUGGAGCUGCUUGCCUUGCACACUGCGACGGAUCCAACACUCGGUCCGAAGUCCCGCUCCUUGUUAAAUCUGUCACAUCACUGGCUAAAUGCAGUAAGGAGGGCAGACUAGAACUGCAUCUUGUUGGUGGAUUUAGGGAUGAGGCAAUGACAUCCCAUGAACUGAGCCUUAACAUACUAGUAGCCUUCCAGCAACAGAACGAGGAUAUCCAUCUGGAAACAUGUUGCAUCACAGAAAUGAAUGAUGUUGUCAUCAAUGCAGUUCAUAGACCUGCUGUUUAUGGUGUAGGUAUAAAUGUUAAAACCGGGAAAGUGUUUCCUGCUGCUUUCCCUUGUAAAGGACCAGGAGAGAAAUUGCGGUCAGCACGCACAUUCACGGGUGGACAGAUGGUUGACAUUUAUGACUCUCGCCAAAGAAUUGUUAAAAUCGGGCCAUGCAAGUGGCCUAACAAUAUGGAUAUUGCCUUUUGGUUGUCUCAAGACGACAACAUAAUUUUAAAGUACUUGUCCACAUCGCCAUUGGCUGAGCCACCGCACUUUGUCCAGCACAUGAAAUCCACCAUCCAGUUCCUCCUGGAGCACCCAGACUCUGAUAGUCUCUUCCCUGGUGGUCAGCCACAGUUCUACCACAGGACUGAGAGCGGGGACUGGGAGAGAGUUGCGUCUCUCACACCCUCCUCUACACCUUAAAUGUUGUUCCUAGCUGUUUUCACCUCUUUUGAUUGUUGGACACAGAGUGACCUUUCCAAUCGCAAUCUGCUUUACUCAUUGUGUCUUAAAAUGGACAUUACAUCUACGAACGGCUGUCUUGACUCAUCUGGCUGGCCAAGUAGACGGUAGACACAAAAACAGCUUGUCUGCUGUAUUAUAAUAUGCCUGUCCAAACUCCUCUAUGCCUCAUUGUUUUCUUUUAAUAAAAAUUCUAAACGUUA